GCCGGGCCGGUCCCGCCUGCCCGGCAUGGCGGAGGAGCGGCGGUUCCGCUCGGCCUCCGGGGCGCCGAUCGCGCUGCGGCGCCGCCAGCACAGCGCGUCCUGCCGGGAGCUGGCGGUGCGCGGCCCUCGCCUGCAGCUGCGCUCGCUCAGCGCCGCCACCUCCGCCGUCUGGCUGGCGGCCUACGGGCUCUUCGCUCUCAGCGAGAACAGCAUGGUGCUCUCUGCAGCCAUCUUCAUCACGCUGAUUGGCCUGAUCAUAUACCUGCACUUUGUGAAGAUUGACCAGGAAUCCCUGCUGGUCAUCGGCUCACUUGGCAUUCAGGUGACUUCAUCCUAUGCCUCAGGGAAAGAGAGCACAACCUUCAUUGAGAUGGGUCAAGUGAAGGAUGUGGUUAUCAAUGAAGCCAUCCAUAUGCAAAAAGUUAUCUACUACCUGUGUAUCCUCCUCCAGGACCCUGAAGAUCCUCAGGGAGUAUCUGAGGUUGUGCCACUCUUUCAGAGCUCCCAGCCACGACUGGACUGCUUGAUAGAAGUGUACAAAAGUUGUCAAGAGAUCCUGGAGCAGAGGAAGACAGAUCCACAAUCAAGUGAAAUAAAAUAGCUGAAAAAAGCAGCAAACUUUCAGCAGGACUCAGAGGGAGACAUGGAAAAGCAAGCAAAACUGCCCCAUAAGCAGAACUUUUUAGGCUCAGCCAGAAGGCUCUUGCCUCUUGCCUUUCCAGAAAAGAAUUAUGAGGAAAUAGGGAAAAGGGAGAUAAGAAAAUGCAUCAAUUUUUUACUCUUUCUUGCAUCUAAAAAUUAUGCUAAAAUUAAAAAAUAACCUUGGCUGGUCUGCCAUAAGUAUGCAUUCUUUGGUUUUUAUUUAACCCUUUGUUUGAGGAACACACUCUAAAUACCUAGAUAUUAUCUAAAGCUGAUGUGUGGGCUCAGAGAGUACCUUCCUGAUCACUGGAGAAUUUCAUAAAGACAAAACCAGAAAAUUUAACUCUUGCAUUCAGUUAUGUUUAAUGAAAUAAACAUAAGAGAUCUGAAGACUGACCUCUUCAGGGAGCUGCUUGAAAGAGUCCCAUGGGAUGGGGCCCUAGAGGGAAGAAGGAUCUGAGAAAGCUGAUAGUCAAGGAUCAUUUCUUCUGAAAUCAAGAACAGUCCAUCCCAAUGAGCAGGAAGUCAAGCAGAAAUGCCAGGAAGCCUGCAUGGAUGAACAAGCUGCUCCUAGCAACACUUGAACACAAAAUGGAAGUAGACAGAAGGUGGAAUUAGGGACAGGUAAUUUGGGAGGAAUGUAGCAACACUGUUCGAGAUGUAGUUAGAGAAGCUAAAGCCCAGCUGCAGAUGAAUCAGGUAAAGGAUGUCAAAGGGAACAAGAAUGGUUUCAGUAAGUGCUUAACUAUCAAAAGGAACACAGGAAAAAUGUGAACCCACUGCUGAAUUGGGCAGGGCUUGUGGACACAGGACAUGGAAAAGUUGUGGCAUUUAAAGGGCCACAUCUGUUACUCUGAGAAUGUGAGGCACAUGUAUUGUUGAAAAUGGUGGUAAUGUGAAUAAAAGUUUUAUUGAUCUGUGCUCUUAAUAGUAA